AUGACUAACCUCGCCGUUUCUAAUGGAGACGAACGACCGCCAAAAACCAACCAACCGCUGUCGUCGUCUCCAAUGUCGUCGCCGUCAUCGUUUACGUCACUGCCACGCGACAUGGUAUUAAACGUCAUAGCCCGCGUACCAAAACGGUUGUACCCAAUCCUCUGUUGCGUCUCCAAGAACUUGCGUAGUCUUGUUCGGUCGCCUGAGAUUCAAGAGACUCGAUCUUUAAUCGGAAAGGAUUCUCUUUAUAUCUGCGUCGAGGACAUAACUAGGGAUGAAGAAUAUGUGAUUACGCGUACUUAUCACUGGUUCAAUCUCCGCAGGGUUGAGAAGAGUACGACCGAGAAUGUCUUCGUCUCCGUCGAUUUCUCUUUCCUUUCCGAGUCUUGUCAUGUCUCUUCUUCCAUCUUCGCCGUUGGUCCUGAGAUGUUCUUCAUUCUUAAUGAUGGCUCACCAAGCUUUAGGAUCUUUGACACCCAAUCUGGAAAGGUUCGUCAAGGACCUAGUUUGCUAGUGAACCGAACGUACAAUUGCGUAGGAAUAGUCGGCGGUAAGAUCUAUGUGAUCGGAGGAUACAAAGAAGACGAGCUUACAGCGGAAAGCUUUGAUCUAAAGACGGAAGCGUGGGAAACAGCUCCGAGUCCCCAUAACAAAGAAAGACUUAUAUGGAUUCAUGGAACAGGUGCUUCACUAGACAGAAAGGUUUGUGCUGUAAGCUUUUUUCGAUGCCUGACAUGUUACGAUCCUAGAGAUGGUUCUUGUGAGACAUCCCAGAUGUCAUUUAGCGACUGGUGGAACACAGGAGUGUGUGUUAUAGACAAUGUGCUCUACGUUUACUUCUUUAGUUACGGUUUAAUGUGGUAUGACACUGAACUGAAGCUAUGGAGAUUGGUUUAUGGUUUGGAUCUUGGCGAAGCUCAAGGCGUUGCAAUGGCUGAAUACUAUGGGAAGUUGGCGUUUCUAUGGGAGAAACCUAGUCUUGUUAGUAGUGAAAGCAAAGAGAUUUGGUGUAGAAUGAUUGGUUUGGCUUGGAGUGAAGCAGAAAUCAAUGGAACUGCAGAACCAUCUCAACUUCUUAGGAUUGUUCCUCGCACCUUUGAUUUUCACCAUUGUCUGUCGGUUGGUUAA